AAAUAAUGGGGACAAGAAAAUUCUUUAUUUUGGAGUUGUGCCGAAGUUUUGGACUUUAUGUUAGAUAAAAUUAUGUUUAAGCUAAGUUUUAUUGCCACACUUUAUCAGGUAUGAACAGGAAACGGGCUCUUGUUUCAGACACUUUUAACUUGAAGAAAAGGAGAAAUGGAACUGAAAAAUUUGGAGCUGUCAGCCACAAAGAUGGACCAACGGACAUUAAAUCCACCUUGGAGUACCUCAUGACGUUGUUUCCCAGGAAGCUCUUUAAUGACGCUCUGCCUCAAAUUGUGUUAAAGCACCAGUUGUACAGCAUACAUGAUGACAAAACACUUGUUGACAAGGAAGUGAGUAAACUGCGUGAGUGUGGAGAGCUGUUGAUGUUCCAGCUUGGAUUCGACACAGAAGCUUUUGGGCUGCUUUUCACUUCAGACUACAAAGCAAAAGUGCUGUCAGGCGAGGAGGGGAAGGCGACUCGAACAGUCGUGGAGAAGUUUUUGGAGAAAGUGGUGUCUUCGUGCACGGAUCUGAGCUUCAGCAAAGACAAGAUGCUGAGGGAGUUUCUCUUCACAGACUCUGAGAUAACGCAGCUGGUGAAAUCAGGGGUCCUGACUGUGAGAGAUGCAGGCAGCUGGUGGCUAUCCAUUCCCAACUCUGGCAAGUUCACCAAGUACUUCAUACAAGGRCGUAAAGCGGUGCUUGGCAUGGUGAAGAAGUCCAAAUACAGUGAAGCGUUACAAGCAGACUUAGAGGAGCGACGAACAACUUCACAAGUUAAAUUCCCUAUGAAAUAUCACAUCCAUGAUAUUGUUGGAGCAGAGCUGGUAGAAAGCAUCCCUACAACAUCAGGAACUUUGUUACGAUUUGUGGAUUCCUGAGCAGCUACGGUGGUCACGACUACCAGUGAGCAAACUGAACAAACAGGAUUUAAGUCAAGAUGAAAAGUCUGUGCCAAAUGUCUCACAAACCCUUCUGGGUUAAUGUGUACAAUAACAAUAAGGUUUUGAUUAAAAACUUAAUGUUUUAUUUUUCCCUCAGAUGUGACGUGAUUGAUUUAGAAAGUAGGAAUGAAAGACUCAUUCCUUUAUAAAGUUGUAAGCUAAAUUAAUUUGUUUCUGGAUAUUUUUUCCCCAUUUAAAAAAUAUAUAUGUAUAUUAACUUCACGUAAGCUUUGAAAAAUAUGUCCACUUGAGUUGAUGAGAAAUGAUUUAUGCUGGAAAUUAAACAUUUUGUCGAUGUCUCUGUUCUCAA